AAGACUGCGCCUCCCCACCCACUUCGUGCCGCACCUUUCAUCCCGACACACACGUCUAACUAAAUAUAGAGUGAUAUACGACAAUCUGCAUCACCUCUCCGUCGUCUUGCAGUUAUCGUUCAGAGAGGAACUCCGUCCUGGGCAUGCCUAGGCCGCCGUUGGGCCGAACGAAAUUUCUGAAAAGUUUUGGUUCGCUUCGUCUUGGCUCCUCCCACUCUACCCUCGGGAAAUUUCUCUAAUAUCUUCAUCGUGAGGUCAAGAGGCGGGGCACCGAGGCGUGUGCCAUCCCCGAGGCACCGAGGCACAGCGACAGUCGCGGGGGAACUGCCUGGACGUGUGUCGUUGUCAUGCCGUGGCUGCAGUGACCAGUGACCCUCAGUGGCAGUGCUUUGUGGCUGUUGAAAAGGGGCUUCGUGGCCUCCUCUUUCUUCCUGCAAGAAGCGACUCAGUCCGCAAAUUAUUUACUAGUCCGCUGCAGUGGGCCAGCACAGAUGUGUGUUCAAGUGUCGGAGCCACCCUAACGUCUGUCCUCUGGCUGGCUCCCUCCUUCACUUCAGUUCCAGUGUUCGUUGUAACCAUACAUUCGCCCAGGAGAACCACCGAGGCGUUCGAGGUGUCGCCAAACGCUGUGUCGACGAGUGGCUCACUGGCGGGGCACUCGGGCGAGGCCAGCUGUGUUGGGGCGACACCCGGCGACCUCCACUGCGGCACGAUGAAAGACGAUUAUCUCGCCUCCAGUGACCACAUCCACGGUUAUGGCGGCGGCACCAUCAGCGACAUCAAAAGGGAGGAGGAGGUGUAUCACUACCCGCCGCCCACCACCCUCACUAACCACCACUACAGAGCCGAAGUGUACGGGAAGCCGCUCCUGAUGCCGCCCCUCGACCCAGACCCCCAAGUCCACGCCGCCAAGGCCUACGACCACAUCGACUCCACCAGCGCCACACACACGGCCUUCGAGGCGCCUAAGGUAUACGACAACAAAAUCUACGACACCACCAAGGCCUACGAGAAGCUCUACAUCUCCAAGGAGUAUGACAAGAUGGCGGUGGACCACAUGAGCCCUUCCGCCUACGAGAGUCAUGACAUAAAAUCCUACGACAAAAUGUACUCGUCGAAGAGCCACUUGGAGUCUCCGAUUGAUGACUCUUCGUAUGACAAGUGCUGCGACAAGACCUACAAGACCCUCGAGACGCUGGACUCCACCACGUACGAGAGGCAGUACGACUCGUCCAAGGCGGUCGACCCGGUAGAUUCGACCACGUACGAAAAGGUGCAGCCACUUGACCCCGUGGCGACCUCCCUUCCAGAGCCGCAGGACAAACCCUCCACCACGUCUUCCUCGGGAGGGAAAAAGAAGGAGAGCCCAAAGGAGAACGGGGACCUGGACCCUAACAAGAAGCCGCCCUAUUCUUACGUGGCGCUUAUCACCAUGGCGAUCAAGGAGAGCCCGGAGCGGAGACUGCAGCUGAGCGAGAUCUACCAGUGGAUCGCCAACAAGUUCCCUUUCUACGCCAAGGAGAGCGCCAAGGAGAAGCAGGGCUGGAAGAACUCGAUCCGGCACAACCUGAGUCUGAACGAAUGUUUCCAGAAGCAGCCCCGGGAUGGCGGCGGCGGCGGAGGGAAGGGCAACUACUGGACGCUAGACCCCCAGCACGAGAACAUGUUUGAGAAUGGCAACUUCACGCGGCGCCGACGGAUGAGACGCGCGGCUAACCUCCUGCGACAGCCCUACCCUCCCUAUCCCAUCUUCCAGAUCUCCCCGAGCAGCAGCUGGGGGCUCGGCCAAAUCCAAGGCGGGAACUUCGCGAGCUAUACACAGGGCACGCGCAUGCACACCCCGCACUCCUACACCUACCCGCAGAUGAACCAGCUUCAGGGGCAGAUGCAGCUCGGCGGCGGCUACCAGCAGAUCGGCGGCUCCCUGGGCACGGCGCCGCUCACUUCAGGCGCCUUGGGGUCAAGCUUCUCCAGUCACCUGGGCGGGGGACUCCUGGGCAGCUCCUCGCCGGCCAUUUCGUCCCCGAGCAGCUCCCACACCUCCCUCGGCACCGCGCCUGAACUCUGGACAUCGGGGUCGAGCACAAGCCUUCACUCUAGCAUCGGAGCCAGUAGUUUUUUAAGCCCCAGCAGUACUUUAGGAUCGCCUUCUACUACACCCUUCCAGCCUUCUUUCGGUAGUGGCAGCGGCAGUUACGGCGCGGGGCUGAACGCGUGCCGCCGACAGGGAGAGGCCACAACCUCCUCCCAGCUUGCCCCUCUCUCCUACUACGGCUGGACGGAUUCCAAGCCCUAACAGAUUUUGGACCGCGACGCCUUGGCUUGACCGGCGCGGCGCGAGGCGGGGUGACCCACACGACCUGAUGACUGACGGGACUGACCACUCAGCGCUGGCGGCAGACUGACCACGCCACACACACCUUUAAUUAACUACUGUUAUGAAAAGCAGAUGUAGGACCUCCGACUACCAAAGGAGCGACGGCCAAUCUGGACAAGUAACCGAAAGGAUCGUAAUCUGGAAGUGAAGUAAAUCAUGUGCUGCGAAAAUCAAAUAACGAGCUGGACGACGGCGGAAGGUUUAACACCAGUGAAGUGACGAUUUGAUCCGUGAAAAUGGUACACCUCAUGCUGCGCCAAGUCUCGGCCUGGAUCAUCACCGAGACAACUUGUUCAUCCUCGCCGCGGAGUGAAGGUGAUGAAGGCGCUGAAGAUGGUGACAAAUAGCGCGAAGGAAAACAAGUGAGACGAUCCACCAAGUGCCUAUAAGCCGCCUCCAAGGUUCUUGAUAAAUUUCGCAAAAAUAUACACCUAACCCUGCGUGAAAUACCUUGCGUACAUCCCUCAUGCGAAUGGUGCCGUUACGAUGAUGAAUGUCAGAGAUUUCGUGUUGCAUCACAUUAAUUUCCGGCGUGCAAAACUGCGUCAUCGAGUGAAGUAGUCAGUCACUGUGAUUAUGGACGUGUUUUCGGUGAGUAUGUGAAUAUUUUGAUUUUCCGUUGACAUUUGUAAGUCCUUGAUAUUCAUUUUGAAAUAUCUAAGUUUUUCAGUGAUAUAAGUAAAGCGGUACAAAGAAUCGAACUCUACUGUGCCUAACGCGUUCCUCUCUGACGAAACUCAACCCACUGUUUCCAUGAACUAUGCAAACUUAAUUUAUAGCUUUGUCAUAAUUAUUACCUGUCGCCGGAACCUGCAGGGAAAUAUCGUGCUCCAGUGCCUUAGAUCAAAAAAAUAUAUCACUGCAAAAAGAAGUGUUGCUCAUAUUUCCGAUCAGCAAACACCACGCUCCACCAUGCCCGUCGGCGCCGCCCCCGCCUCUGCCACUCUCCUCCUCCUCCUCUUCCUCUUCCUCCUCCUCCUCCUCCUCCUCCUCCUCCUCCUCCUCCUUCACCUGACUCCAGCCUGAUCCCCCGCUCGUGCCGUUAUUCAGAGUCACGAUGACCCACCUACCAGCCCAUGAGAGCGUGCCAUCAAGGGACAUUGUAUUACUGUAGUUGUCCCUACACUUCUUACUUGUAGCGUUUAUUCUUCACCGCAAUAGAUCAACAAUAGUUUCACCACACCCUCCCAACAGGUACCUGCCAUCAGUCUCCUUCACAUCUUCGCUUCUCACCAGCUGUCCCCCCACACACACUGCCCCCGAUUACAGAGCGAUCACGUCCAGUCUUACAUGCAAUAGUCUACUUGUAAGGAUUUUUUUAUGCUUCUUGUUCGUUACAUAGUAUUAUCGUGCCUGUUUGUGACCAUACCGGUGAGGAGAACUUUACGUGACCACGACACUUAUAAUGAUUACACUAAAAACAUGAUGGGAUCAAAUGUAAUGACGAGCAUAACAUCCUUGAUACAAAUUGCCUUGGAGUAGCUGUACAUGACGAGCGUGCCUGUGCCUGUGCCUGUACAACGCCACCCAUACCAACACCGUCUUUCCGCGCCACCUGUCCGUCCAGAGGCACACGGUCCCCACCGCCUCCCCAUCUCGAAGUGUGUAUUUGGAAACGUACCUGGAUGUAUAUAUUAUUAUAUUCUGUGGUUAAAACAUUGCUCUAU